AAAACUUUAGUGGCACCUUAAUCCUAAUCAUCUUACAUCAUUGGCACCACCAUAUCAUGUGAUACAGUCUGUCAAUCAUACCUGUUUCUGCUUUUUUGUUUGUGGAAAACUAGUUGUUCUUCUUCCUAAAGCUGAACUGGCUUUCUUUCUUUUUUCCUGGAGUUGUUGCCAACCAAAUUAUUCCUCUCACUAAUUACUCUCUUUAUUUGUUUCUCCACCUGAACUUCUGAACAACUUGGAAGGUCACUUUGUGAGCUUGUAUUUCCCAUCAUGGCUUCUGAGACUGUUGCAUCUUAUCAUACUUCUGCUGCUGCUACUGAUGAGCAAUUUGUUAACAAGGAAAAGAGCGAAGAUAUUGCACAAAAGAUCCUUUCUUUAGCCAAUGAAGAUGAAGAAAAACAUGGCAAGCCUGAGGAUGCACAAGGUCAAGGUGCACCUUCAUCCAAGACAGAAGAAGGAGAUGAGAUAAAGGCUGAGCUUGCUGCAGUUGAGAUUGAAAAGUCUGAUAAUUAUUCUCCAGCUUUAUUAGAGGCUUCUGCUGAAGAUAACCUGAAACAUGAAAAGGUUGAGGAUACUCUCUCCAAGACUGAAGGAGAUGAUGACAAGGCUGAGCCUUCUGUUGUUGUAGAAAAAACUGAUGAUUCUGUGUCAUUGGAGACAAAUGUUGCAGUUGCUGACAAUCUGAAGGAGGAGAAGGAACUGAUUCCUGAGUCUCAGAUACUUGAUGCAACAUCCACAGAAGCCACUGUGAAGGAAACACCACAGCAGCUAGAAAUGGAACCUGUUGAAAUAGAAGAAGAGAAGCAACACAAGACAGCUGACAUUCCAGAAGCAUCAGCUGAAACCAUUAUUGAAAAAUCAAGCAAUACAACUGAGGCUAAUAAUCCUCUGAAAGAAGCUGAAAUUUUGGAAACAAGUGCCCAAAAGGAAGAGAAGCCUGUGGCUACAGAAGUGCAGGAAAAAACAGAAGCAGCAGAAAAAGAAUACCAAGAAAAAUCACAAGAGGCUGAGCAACCAAGCACAGUUGCAAUUCCUGAACCCUCAGCUGAGGUGGUGAAAGAUACCAACAACUACGAAGUAGAGCCUACAGAAAAAGUGAAAGAAGAACCUGCGGUUACUGAAGUUGAGGAAAACCAGAAAGAACCAGAAAAGCAGGAGCAAUCAAACACAUUUGCAAUUCCUGAACACACCGCAGAAACCAGUGAGACCAUUGAGGAAAAAUCAAGAGAACCAGAAUUUGAGGCACCUCUAUUGAAAGAGACUAACAAGUACGAAGCAGUGCCUACAGAAACAGAGAAAACUGAAGCUGAUGAAAACCAAAGUGAACCAGAGAAACAAUCAUUCACACAAGAGGAAGAAGAACCGCCGAAGGAGGUUAUCACUGAAAUGGAAGCUGAAAGUGCAGAGAAACCAUGUGAUACAGUUGAGGUCCACCCUCCCAAAGAAUCAGAUAUUGAGUUGGUGAAAGAGACUGGCAACUCAGAGUCAGAAGCAGUGCAUGGAAAAGAAGAGAAACCAGAAACUCUUUCUACUGAAGUGGAGGAAAAGCCAAGAGAACAAUUGCAAGUAGGUGAGGAAGUUGGGGAAACUAGUAAGGACGUGGAGACUGAGCAAGAUGUGAUUGAAACCGUCAAGAGUGAGGGAACUUUGGAUGACACAAUCAAAGACCCCAUACCAUUCAAGGAAGAGAAAACUGACAAAGAGGAGGAAGCUAACAUCACGGUAGAUGCUGCACAAGUUUCAUCAAAUGAGGAAGCUCAAGCAGCCCCUCCAAAUCUGGUGGAAACUUCUCCUGAAGUUGCAGAAAAGGUUGUUGAAGAGAAUGACAAGAAAGAAUCAAACUUCACCGAGGUUAUUAAAGGGGUAUCAAAAGAAGUGGCUGGCGUUAUUAAUAUCCCUGAACAAGCUUCCAUUGAUCAGGAAGCCAAAACUGGCCUAAAAGAAGAAAGAGAGUAUUCUGUUCCUGCCAGUGUUGAGGAAAAGGUUGCUGUUGCUGCAAAUGAUGACAAGAAGGAACCAGAAACACCUGAUGCUGUUCAAGAAUCCUCAAGAGAGGCAGAGGUUGAAAUCAAAAAGGUUGAGGAACAGAAAGAGGCAAAGGCAGCUACAACUGAAGCUGGAACUGUUAAGGUAGAGAGUGUAAAAGAUGAUAUACUAGAUGUUGAUAACAAGAAAGAAGGGAACGCUGAGACAAAGGUGGAUGAAAUAUCUACAGCUGUAAGUGAACCUGUUAGAGAAACAUUGGCAUCUAAAUUUGAAGAAAAAGAAGAGGAGUCUAUUAAAACUGGAGUGGAUAAUUUGGAGAAAGAACAAAUUGAGGAGCCUGUGAAAACUGAGGUUCAAGCCACCAAGGAACUUCCAAAAGAAACUCCAGCCAAGCCAGCUCAGAAGCAAUCAAAUAACAUUCUAUCAAAGGUAAAACAGUCACUAGUGAAAGCAAAGAAAGCUAUCACUGGGAAAUCUCCAUCCUCCAAAAACCUCUCCUCGGAGCCUGAGGCCAAGGGCGAUAUUAAAGUCAAAUGAUGAUGGGACAUGGUGAACAAGUUUGCAGAAUUUACAUAUUUGCUUUCUUUUUCGUUGGUGUGGUGCAAAGCAUUAUAGCAUACAUGUUGGUUUCGAUACUUUUAAUAUUUUCUCUUGUAAUUGUUUGAAUGCAAAAGAGGUGUGCAGAGUGCAGUGUAUAUAGAAGAUGAACUAGGCCGUGCGUUAGGCAUUGCUGUAAAGUUUGAUUUGUUUUCGUAUGUUUAUUCUUUUGAAUAUAUGUAUUGUGUUCUUGAUUGUUUUUAGUAAAUGAUGGAAGCAAUUUUAAC